CAGAGGGUCGUGGUGGAGGAGUCUGUAUCUGGGGGAAGCAGGAGAAGUCAUGACUCCCCAGUGGGACACAGUCCUGACCAAAAAAGAAGCAGCUGAAGGGCCUGAUGAAAGGUUCUUUAAGGCAGACCCAAGUGGGCAGGAAGGCUUGUGACAAAUCAGGGACAGAGUGUGUGCAGUCAUGGCAACAUCCCUGGACACACUCAGCCUCUCCCAGAUGCUGGAUCUGGCCAUUGGGAUGCCCAACAAUGGGGCGGUGCAUUUUGCGGCCAUGCGCAAACUGCUGCAGACCGUGCUGGAGCACCUGGACGUGCAGUACCUGACCAGCCAGGAGCCGUGGCCGGGCCAGCUGAGUGGCCCCUCGCUUGCUGACGUGGCUGCUGAAGUCAAGGAAGUUAAGAGGGAGAUGGAAGACUUCAAGAAGCACAUGUCCAAGUCCCCCAGGGCAGCAACAAUGAAGAAGGCCCAGGAGGCACCAGAUGAGUCCCCCAGGGCAGCGACCAUGAAGAAGGCCCAGGAGGCACCGGAUGAGGACAUGUCUCUCUCCCUGGAUCUCGAUGAGGAGGUUGGCAUCAUAAAGAUGACACAGAACCGCAUGGCACAGACGGUUAAGGAGCUGGCUGCCUCAAUGAAGAAGCUGGAGGAGGACUUAAAAAAGCUGAGGGAGGAUGCAGCCAAGUGGAAAGAAGAGAGCAGCAACGAGAUCUCUCAGCAACUCGAGGCUUUGCUGGAGGAGACAAAGCGUGAGCUGCAGAAGAUGGAAGAGCAGCAGGAGAUGAGGAAGGCCAUGCUGGAGCAGCUGGUAGCUGAGACAACCAGCAAGCUGGCUGAGAUAGGGGAGAUGAUGGAGAGUGUGCAGGAGGAGCAGGAGAGGAUAAAGGCAGAGUGCUCCAACUGCUCCUUCGACAUCAAUGAGCAUUUGGGGGAGCUUCUCCAGCGCUGCGAGAAACUCCAGGAGCAGGUGGAAUCCCUGGAGUCACGGCAGAUGGCCAUGGGAAAGCUCAACAGAAUGAUGAGGAAUUGGGGCCAGGAUACAGAGAAGAUGCAGCCCAAGGAUGCAACAGUUGUGCAGAUGCAAAGGGACUAUGAGAAGCUCAGCUUCAUCUCGGGGACCCUCCAGAAGGACUCUGAAAAAAAGCAGAAAGCAAUCGAGAUGCUGUUCCAGUCUCUGGAGAAGCUGCAGACAGAAAAAGCAGAUCAGCAGGACAUGAUGGCAGCGAUGGACAUGAAGGCGGACAAAGCUGCCCUGGGCCGCAAAGUCAAUAGCAGCCAGUUUGAAGCAAAUAUGGAGCGUCUGGAUGAGAGGCUGCAGGAGUUGCAGAGCCAGAUUUCAGGCCAGGAGCAGCAGUGGAACAAUACGCAGCAGCAGCUCAGCCUUGUGGAGGAGGAGAAGCUGGAUCGCCAGGAGCUCAAGACUUUCAGUAACCAGAUGGAGGAGAUGUGGAAGAGAAGCAUUGAGGAUCUCAAGAAUGAGAUGAAGAAGGGUGACAGUGGUGCUGGGAUUAAGAAGCAGCUGCCGGUCCCUUUCACGUGCCUGUCCUGUGACCGCAUGCUCACCGUGCAGGUUCCUGGCCAGUACCCCAAGACCCUCCCGUAUUUGCAGCCGCUGCCCCCCAGCAAGGAGCCCCAGCACGGCCCAAGGAGGCCAGUGGUCCGUGGCGGUGGCUCCCAUGUGCCACAGAGCUCUGGGGACCAUCAGAGCAGCAGUUUCAAACUGCCACCAAUUCAGGAUUGUCUCCGGAAUAAGGCACUUCUGCAGGGACUCGUGACCCUCCCCAACAAGCCCAGAGUGACCCAGCUGCUGGGCAGUGGUGGACACGUCCCGAGGGGCCGCAGUGACCAGCUUCCUGUGGUGAUCAGGAGUCUGCAUGAGCCAGGCCCUGCCACCUCACGGGAUCACCCCAGGCACAGCCCCCCGACACGGCACCAGGGCACCAGGGCUCCUCCAGCCACUCCAGCCCCGUGAGACUUCGACAGCCCUCCAGUAGCUGGACAGGACUGGGAACCCAGUGCUCCACCAGGAACGUCUUCUCAGCAGAGAGAACACUCUGUGACAAUUGUUGUCAGAGAAAUAACAUUUUCAUUCUAUUAGGUUAAUAAAAAACCUUCAGGAAGAAAGGCAGAGCCUUUUCCCACUGUCCCUGAAAACAUUGGGGUAAAUCAAACUAUCUCACACUAGUUCUUCUAUUAGGAAUCAGGCAUUACUUUAUUCCCAGCACCGGGGCGCAUGGGAAUAGCUCCACUCAGAAUGCACACCCACUCUCUAAGCUUUUAAUUAUGUCAUAUGAGCAAAGAAAUUAAUGCUCAUUGCCUAUAAAUUACAUAUUUGUCUUCAUUAAUUUCUAUUCUAUCUUCCAUUUCUUUUUGAUUUCUCAAUUCUCAUGCUGUUGUCAGGUGAAGAAUUGCUUGCUCCUGGCCGGCUCCAUACCAUGCUCAUUUUGCCAAGUCCAUGGAACCACACCAUCAAAAGCAGGAUAAACACUUCUCAAGGAAGGCAGUAAAUCUGCAGUCCACUGAGCUAAGGUUGCACAAAUUAAAUAACUGGCCAGCUCUGCCAACUUUUCUCCUCAUUUGCAAAGAAGCACCCUUUCACCAGGUGGUCAGAUAUGGCUGUGGGUUCACCAAGCACCCGGGGCCGCCAAAGAGACUCCCAGGGCAGAAGAAUGUAUGUGCUAA